CGGCCAAUAGUUUGUGAGACUGUCCGUCAGCACGGAAUUCAGUGCAUGUGGACGCUGCGCACACAAUUUCUCGCACACUCUCUCUUCUAGUUCCAUCCUCCAACCAAAACCGAAACCCACUCUCGCCGCCGGUACUGUUCUACGGAGUUUUCCGAUUCCGGCGCUCAUCACUCUCAGGCAUCCAUCUGUUCCGACGCCCUAAUCCUGCCCUAAUUUAUACAUUCCAUCACUCAAAAUCAUAUCAAAUCCGUUUUUGAUAAGAGUUCUUGAAUUGCCUCGGUUAGGGUUAGGGUUUCGGACAGAGAAUUACUGAGAGGGAGAUUGUGUGGGGGAAUGAGCGAUCCGUUGGAGAGGCUGGGAUCGGAGGGCGCGGCGGCGCUCGAGGAGUCGAGUAUUAAGGAGGAGCUUUGCAUGGAGAUUGAUCCGCCGUUCAGGGAGAAUCUGGCCACCGCCGAGGAUUGGAGGAAGGCGCUUAACAGGGUGGUUCCGGCCGUGGUUGUCCUCCGGACCACCGCUUGUCGCGCGUUCGAUACGGAGUCCGCCGGCGCCAGCUACGCUACUGGCUUCGUUGUUGAUAAGCGCCGCGGGAUUAUUCUGACCAAUCGUCAUGUGGUCAAGCCUGGACCUGUAGUUGCAGAAGCUAUGUUCGUAAACCGUGAAGAGAUUCCUGUAUAUCCUAUAUAUCGCGAUCCGGUUCAUGAUUUUGGCUUUUUUCGUUAUGAUCCUGCUGCAAUAGAAUUCCUGAGCUAUGAGGAAAUUCCUCUUACUCCAGAGAUUGCUUGUGUUGGCCUAGAGAUCAGAGUUGUUGGCAAUGACAGUGGAGAGAAGGUGUCCAUUCUUGCUGGUACCCUUGCUCGGUUGGACAGAGAUGCUCCUCAUUAUAAAAAGGAUGGCUAUAAUGACUUCAAUACAUUCUACAUGCAAGCAGCAUCAGGGACUAAAGGGGGUUCAAGUGGUUCCCCUGUAAUUGAUUGGCAAGGCAGGGCAGUGGCUUUGAAUGCUGGGAGUAAGUCAUCAAGUGCUUCAGCAUUUUUCUUUCCCUUAGAAAGAGUCGUGAGGGCAUUAAAAUUCUUGCAGGAAGGAAGAGACUCUUCUAGAAAUAAAUGGGCAGCAGUUUCUAUUCCUCGUGGUACACUUCAGGUGACAUUCCUACACAAAGGAUUUGAUGAGACACGCCGCCUUGGUCUCCAAAGUGAAACUGAGCAGAUGGUACGCCAUGCAUCUCCGCCUGGUGAAACUGGAAUGCUUGUUGUUGAUUCCGUUGUGCCAGGUGGCCCAGCUCACAAUCUUCUGGAGCCUGGUGAUGUGCUUGUUUGCAUAAAUGGGAACGUAAUUACACAGUUCAUGAAAAUGGAAACAUUACUUGAUGACAGUGUAGGUGAGAAGAUUGAGUUACAGAUUGAGAGGGGUGGCACACCGUUGACUUUAAACUUGGUGGUUCAAGACCUGCACUCAAUAACUCCCGACUACUUCUUGGAAGUAAGUGGGGGUGUCAUACACCCUCUUUCUUAUCAACAGGCUAGAAAUUUCCGUUUCCAUUGUGGCCUCGUGUAUGUUGCAGAACCAGGGUAUAUGCUUUUUAGAGCAGGGGUUCCCCGUCAUGCAAUUAUUAAAAAGCUUGGAGGUGUGGAAAUAUCACAACUUGAGGACCUAAUUUCUGCACUUUCUAAGUUGCCUAGAGGUGCUCGAGUGCCUUUGGAAUACAUAAGCUAUAUGGAUCGACAUCGAAGGAAGUCUGUCCUUGUCACCAUUGAUCGCCAUGAAUGGUAUGCACCUCCUCAGAUUUACACUCGUGAUGAUAGUACUGGCUUAUGGAUAAUAAAGCCUGCUUUACCACCUAAGUCUCCACUUUUAUCCUCUGGCAUGGGUAAUCUCAACCAAGGCCUUGUGAACAAUGUGGGCCUGCCAGAUUCUGGUGAGGUUGGCAGAGUGGACCAUAUGCAUCAAGAUAUCAACCAGGAACCAGUAGAUGGUGUUACGAGUAUGGAAACUAGUUCUGAAUAUGUUGCCGAGGGGCCAAGUUCCUGUAAUGAUUCUAAUAUUGAAACUAAAAAACGGCGAGUAGAGGAGGACUCAUCUGCUGAUAGCAUUGUUAUUGCUAACUGUCCAUUACACGAGUCUGGGGAUGAAAAGCUUGAGGACUCAACAAAUUCAGAAAAUGCUUUUCUAAGAGAGUAUCAAGGUGCAUCAGCUAAUGCGUCAGUGGCUGAGCGUGUUAUAGAGCCUACUCUUGUUAUGUUUGAGGUUCAUGUACCACCAUCUUGCAUGCUCGAUGGUGUGCACUCACAGCACUUUUUUGGAACUGGUGUCAUUAUUUAUCAUUCUCAUAACAUGGGAUUGGUGGUUGUUGACAAGAACACUGUGGCAAUAUCAGUGUCUGAUGUGAUGAUCUCUUUUGCUGCUUUUCCAAUUGAAAUUCCUGGGGAGGUGGUUUUCCUCCAUCCAGUUCACAAUUAUGCUCUUGUUGCUUAUGACCCUUCUGCCCUGGGACCUGUUGGUGCCUCGUUAGUUCGUGCAGCUGAACUUCUUCCUGAGCCUCCAUUGCGUCGUGGAGAUGCUGUCUAUCUAGUGGGAUUAAGUAGAAGCCUGCAAGCAACAUCAAGAAAAUCUGUUGUCACCAAUCCUUAUGCUGCUUUGAAUAUUGCGUCUGCUGAUUGUCCACGCUACAGAGCAACAAACAUGGAAGUCAUUGAGCUCGAUACUGAUUUUGGCAGUACAUUUUCGGGUGUGCUCGCAGAUGAGCAAGGACGGGUGCAGGCUAUUUGGGGAAGCUUUUCAGCACAGCUGAAAUAUGGUUGUAGUUCAUCAGAAGAUCACCAAUUUGUCCGUGGCAUUCCAAUAUAUGCAAUAAGCCAGGUCCUUGACAACAUCAUCUCUGGUGCAAAAGGACCAAAUCUUCUCAUAAAUGGUGUCAAAAGGCCAAUGCCUCUUGUCAGGAUUUUAGAGGUUGAACUCCAUCCAACUUUGCUUUCCAAGGCCCGUAGCUUUGGACUGAGUGAUAAAUGGGUCCAGGCUCUUGUUAAGAAAGAUCCAAUUAGACGUCAAGUCUUACGUGUUAAAGGUUGUUUGGCUGGAUCAAAGGCUGAAAAUCUAUUAGAACAAGGUGACAUGGUCUUGGCAAUUAACAAAGAGCCAGUCACAUGCUUUGGUGAUAUUGAGGAUGCUUGUCGUGUGUUGGACCAAUUUAAUGAACAUUAUGGAAAGCUUAAUAUGACCAUCUUCCGUCAGGGAUGUGAAGUCGAGGUUCUUGUUGGAACAGACGUAAGGGAUGGGAAUGGCACAGCUCGCGUUAUAAAUUGGUGUGGGUGUAUUGUCCAGGAUCCUCACCCAGCAGUUCGUGCUCUAGGCUUUCUUCCUGAAGAAGCUCAUGGUGUUUAUGUGGCAAGAUGGUGUCAUGGGAGCCCGGUUCAUAGAUAUGGUCUAUACGCUCUUCAGUGGAUUGUCGAAGUUAAUGGGAAACCAACUCCAGAUUUAGAUGCUUUCGUUGAUGUGACAAAGGAAAUAGAAGACGGAGAGUUCGUUCGGGUAAGGACAGUCCAUUUGAAUGGCAAACCUCGUGUACUAACACUGAAACAGGAUUUGCACUACUGGCCUAUGUGGGAGCUGAGAUUUGAUCCAGACACUGCAAUGUGGCGCCGUAAAACAAUCAAAGCCUUAGAGGACGCGGGUUUUGCAUGAACGUACAGAUUGAUUGGGUAAGAAUGUGAAAGGUUCGCAAACUACUUUCAAGAUGGGGAACCGGAUUUCCGAGAUGCAGUAGAUGCCAGGAACUGGGUCUGGGGAGGCUCAUAGCAGGAGGCUGGCUUCUUUGAGGUCGGGGGGUUGGUGUUGCUGUGGUGUAAUGGAGGUCUCUGGAAGGGGGAGGAUCAUCCGCCAGCAGUUUGUUCCAGAUGAUGGGAAAGGAGCAUAAAAAUUACAUUCAGUAUGAUAGUAAUUAUUAGACAAAUAAAAUAGAGGUUUUUUUACUGUUGUAAACCUAGCAAAAAAUAAAUUAUUUAAAAAAAAAAACUAGCAAAAAUUCGAAAGGUUUAGGUUUUCCGUAGGAGUAGUAUUUGGUAUUUGAGGGUAAACCUUCUUAUUGGACUUUGGGAAGGAUAAUAGUGAGUAUUGAAAUCUUUUUGCACGUCUUAUGUAAUAUUAUUUAAACAGAAGUUCAAAAAAAAAAAAAAAAAUCAGUUAAAAGUGACAUGGUUUGUCUUUUUAUUUGAAAAGAGAAAGUUGAUCUUAGUGGAUUAUAAUUGUAACUCACACAAUGGCAUUACCAAGAUCUUUGGUGGGGUUUUUUGUAUAUAAAUAAUUGAAAAUAUA